GCUAGGGUUUCGUGGAUUCCAAUCAUUUUUUGCGUUUGACAAAUAUAAAAUACCCAAAAUCAGCCCACACAACACACAGUCACACAGUCACCACAACGGCCCAGUACACAAUUGAACACUCUCUCUUCCCUCCUUUUAUCUUUCCUACAAAAACUCAAAAUCAUGAAAAUCUUAACCCUUAAUUUCCAUUUUUUCCCUUAAUUUUGAUCCAUUUUUCCAAUUUUUGAUUUUUUUCUUCCUUUUUUUUUUUUUUUUUAAAAGUAUAAUUGUUUAUUUAUGUUAUCUCAUUUCCUGAUCAAACUUCCACACGCUAUGGAUCUGAAAGUGGAUAAGAAAACUUGCAGCGGCUGCCACACUACGAAAACCCCCCUCUGGAGAGGAGGCCCAGCUGGUCCCAAGUCACUGUGCAAUGCCUGUGGGAUUAAGUACAACAAAAAGCGGCGGCAGCUGCUCGGACUUGACACGGGAAAGCCACUCAAGAAGAAGAAGAGAAGCAACGUCGCCGGCCAGAGUAGCGGCGCACGAGGUAGCCUGAAAACGCGAUUUAUGGUGUUCGCCGGCGGCGAUUUGUCGAUUUUGAAGAGGUCCGGCAAGCUGAUGGGCGAGCUGAGGGAAGAGGAGCGCGCGGCCGUGGUGCUCAUGGCUUUGUCCUGUGGGUCGGUUUAUGCUUAGUGACGUGGUACCUUUAGCUGCUGCGUUUGUACCUUGAAAUUCCAGAAAAAAAGGGGAAUUAAUCUAACUAAUUGUAGCUUUGAUGAUGGGUUU